AACGAUACGAAGAAUCAGCAAUAACCGACGCGCUGCCAGCAGGGGGGUUCCGGCGACGACUGGGCUAGCGGCGGCGCCCUUCCCCACGUCUUCGCCGCGCCCUUCGCCGGCACCAGGCGACGAACACCCACCAGAUGGGAAUGGACUACUACAACAUCCUCAAGGUGAAUCGCAAUGCGACCCUGGAGGACCUCAAGAAGUCGUACCGGCGGCUCGCGAGGACGUGGCAUCCCGACAAGAACCCGACUGGAGGUGCCGAGGCUGAGGCAAAGUUCAAGCAGAUAACUGAGGCCUAUGAGGUAUUAAGUGAUCCAGAGAAGCGUGCAAUUUAUGAUCAAUAUGGUGAGGAAGGCUUAAAGGGGAUGCCUCCACCUGGCUCACAGAGCCGCUCCUCCACAGCUGCUGGCCCAAGCGGUCCAAGUAAUUUCCGGUACAAUCCUAGUGACCCAGAUGAUUUCUUUGCCGAGUUCAUGGCAAGCAACAAGACUUAUUCUGUCGACCAAGACCGGAUGCGAUUUCAGCAAAGAUCAAAUUGGACUUCAGCAAGGAACAGUAGGAGUGAAGCUCCUUCUAGUUCACGGAAGGAGAGUGGUGCUAGUACAAGCCAGGCAGAAAAGCCACUGCCUGUGGAAAAAACAUUACCUUGCACUCUUGAAGAGUUGUACAAUGGAACAAAAAGGAAAAUGAAGAUCACUAGGAAUGUUGCAAAGCCAGAUGGAAGAGUGGAAGUUGAAACAGAGAUCUUGGCAGUGGAAGUGUUGCCUGGCUGGAAGAAAGGAACCAAGAUUACAUUUCCGAACAAAGGCGACAAGCUGCAUGGCCAGUUGGCACAGGACCUGACCUUCGUCCUUGACUUGAAGCCCCACGAUGUGUACAUUCUUGAUGGGAACAACCUUCUUGUAAAGCAGGAGAUCCCUCUGGUGGAUGCCCUCGCUGGGACGGCGAUAAACCUCAGAACCCUUGAUGGCCGGAAUCUUCCUGUGAGGGUGGAGGAAGUAGUCCGCCCUGGGUACGAGGUGGUGCUGGAGAAUGAAGGCUGGCCGAUCAGGAAGGAGCCGGGGAAGAAGGGGAAGCUGGUAAUCAAGUUCAAUGUGGCCUUUCCAACAAGGUUAUCGUUGUCGCAGCGGGCAGCCAUCAGGCAAAUUAUGGCCAGCUAACCAGAGAAGGGAAAGAUGAAACAGUGGCUACAUUGGCCCUGGAAUCUAGAUAGAUAGUUGGAAUUCAGACAGAUCCGUGGUUAUAAUUGCCCGUCGCUAAUUGUAUCUAUUUUCUAUGGUUAAUUGAAUAUGACCUAGUUUUUUUUGGGUCUCUAUUGGAUCAGUGGAAAAUGGUGAGGAUAUUGUAACCUGAUUUCCCCCUUCUGAAUUUUUGCUUCAGUCUUUUUUUCCCCUUAUGUCAUGGUUUGUUUCAUUGAAAUACUGGAAGUCAAUUGCAAAGGAAAUGACAAGAAAGCAAGAGGAAUCAUUUGAGCCUUUUUUUUUA